CACAGAUUUUUUCUUUUUAGGCUGGCAGUGAUGGGGAGAGCAUUGGAAACUGCCCAUUCUCCCAGAGACUUUUUAUGAUCUUGUGGCUGAAGGGAGUGAGUGGUGUUCAAUGUCACAACUGUUGACUUAAAGAGAAAACCAGCGGACCUCCAAAACCUUGCCCCAGGGACACAUCCUCCCUUUAUAACCUACAACCAUGAAGUGAAGACUGAUGUAAACAAGAUAGAGGAGUUUCUGGAAGACGUGCUAUGCCCUCCCAAAUACCGUAAGUUAGCAGCUAAGCACCCAGAAUCCAACACUGCUGGCAUGGACAUAUUUGCUAAGUUUUCAGCAUAUAUCAAGAAUUCCAAACCAGACGCCAAUGAAGCAUUGGAGAGAGGACUGCUAAAAACGUUGCAAAAGCUUGAUGAGUACCUGAAUUCACCACUACCCGAUGAAAUCGAUGAGAACAGUAUGGAGGACAUUACCGUCUCUAGCCGUAAGUUCUUAGAUGGUGAGGAAAUGACCUUGGCUGACUGCAACCUCUUGCCAAAGCUUCACAUAGUAAAGGUGGUGACCAAAAAGUACAGGAACUUCGACAUCCCAAAAUCUAUGACCGGGAUUUGGAGAUACCUGACAAAUGCAUACAGCAAAGACGAAUUCACCAACACCUGUCCGGAGGAUAGAGAGAUAGAAAUUGCGUAUGCAGAUGUAGCCAAAAGGCUCACAAAGUGA